UCGGCUCAUUGAAAAAUGACUGGCUUUUUUUUUUGCUUACGAGAUGCUAAAUUGAAAUUUUCACAGAAAGGAACCCAUUUGGAAAUUUUAAUGUUUUCUAACAUUUUAGCUGAAAUCGGUCAAGAAUAGAUUAAUCCAUGAUACGAGUUGUGACAAAAAUAAGGAAACCGGUAAUUAAGAGGACAUGGAGUUGUAUUUGUUCAACUUAUUAUCAUUUUGAAGCGCGAAAAACUAACACUGCAGACCUGCAGUGCAAGAUCCACUGAUCCAGUCCAUUUGUGUAUACUGACUGUCAUUUCUCUCUCUCGAUCUCCUUGAUUCUCUGUUUCUCCAAGAAAACAGGACAAUGUCGAAUCAGGAAGGGGAUGACAAUGGAAUGAUAGAAACAACGGCAGAAGAUUAUUUAAAACUGGUGAAACAACUGACGGAUAGGAAUUCUGAUGAAUGUUAUCCCAAGGAAAAUGGAGUCUGUGAUCUGGAUGAUUCCAGCUCUGAUAGUACUCAUGAUCAGCUGGUCCAAAUGGUUGUCGAGCUCAAGUUUCAAAAUGAGUAUUUUAAGUCUCAGAUCAAGGGCAUGCACAUGCAAAAUUUAGGCAUAGAAUUAACUGGAUCUUCCCAGCAAAAUCAAAAACCUGAACCAGAACAUGCAGCAUCUGACGCUGUAAAAGCAUUACAGGAAAAGAUAGAGUUGUUGAAUAAGGAAUUGCAGGAAGAAAAACAGACUCGUAGUGCUGCAGAAGAGGCACUCAAGCACCUGAGAGAAUCAUAUUCAGAGGCUGAUGCUAGAGCCCAAGAGUUUUCAGUGAAGCUUGCCGAAGCUCAACUAAAGAUGGAGCAGGAAGUCAAAGAAAGAGAUGAUAAGUAUUCGGAGCUUGAUUCCAAGUUUACCAGGCUUCACAAAAGGGCAAAACAGCGCAUUCAAGAUGUUCAGAAGGAAAAAGAUGAUUUAGAGGCACAGUUCCGUGAUAUGAGUGAAAGAGCUGAAAGAGCGUCAUCUCAACUUUCAGCACUGCAGCAAGAGCUAGAGCGCACCCGACAACAAGCUAAUGAAGCAUUAAAAGCGAUGGACGGGGAGAGGCAGCAAUUAAGAAGUGUGAACAAUAAGCUCCGAGAUAACAUUGAAGAGCUCCGUCAUUCAUUGGAACCCAAGGAGCAUGCUCUUGAGGCACUGCAACAGUCACUUUUGGAGAAAGAACAGAUGUUGGAAAACAUGAAAGGCUUAUUACAUGCUGCUGAGGAAAAACGGCAAGCUUCUGUAACUGAGAUCUCUUCCAAACAUCAAAAGCGUGUAGAAAGUAUGGAAAUGCAACUUGCUGAAGCAACGUCUGAGCUUAAUAAGGCAGCAGAAACCGUCUCUUCUUUACAGGUAGUAGUUGCUGAAAAGGAAUCAAGAAUAGCUGAAAUGGAUGCUGCUACUUCUGGCGAAGCAGCUAGACUAAAAGCUGUCAUUGAGUCUGUUAAAGGAGAACUUGUUCAGAAAAAGCACGAGCAUGAGAAAGAGAAAGAGAGCUGGGAAGCAAUCUGUGAAGCCCUCAAAGCAAAAUUAGAGACGGCUGAGAAUAGCCGCGUACGGGCAGAAGUCGGAACUGCUAAAAUUAAAAGUCAGCUUGAAUCACAGUUGUCUGGACAAGCUCAGUUGCUCAAUGAUAGAGAUUCAGAACUGGCAGCCUCCAGGGAACAGAUCAGUCGACUAGAAGCUGAAUUUUCUUCCUAUAAGCUUCGUGCUCACUCCCUUCUUCAGAAGAAGGACGCAGAGCUAGCAGCAGCCAAGGACAAUGAGCAAAUCCAAGCUCUAGAGGAAGCACUAAAAGAAGCUGAGAACGAAAUAUCAUUGGUCUCCACAGAAAGGGAUAAGGUUGUCAUUGAGCUUCAAGCUGCUUUGGCCAACCAUGACAAGGAACUUUCAGCAAGAGAUGUUGCUCUUAGGAAUGCUGAUCAGCAGGUAAGGAAUCUAGAAACAAAGGUUGAUUCUCAGACUGUACAACACCAGUUAGAGAAAGGUGCCUGGGAAACAAGCCUGCGGAAUUUGGAAGAAACAUGGAGAGGGAAGUAUGAAGCUGCAAAAGCGGAAAUUGAGGCAUCCAUUGCACCAGAUUUGCAGAAAGAAAUGGAAGAGAUAAAGUGCAAAUAUAGUAAACUGAAAGAAGAGCAUGAUUCAUUCCGUGACCUUGCUGAUAGGAUGCUUGAGGAUAAAGACAAAGAGAUUUUAAGGCUUUUGAAUGACUACAAAUUACUUCAACGAUCUUUAGAACUCAAAGGAGGAGAUGAUGCUCACAGCAAAGCCUCACAGAAACAAGAUAGCUCAAACACUUCCUCUGCAGAGCAACAGAUUCUGAUGUUGGCUAGGCAGCAAGCCCAGAGAGAAGAGGAGUUGUCUCAGUCACAGCGGCACAUACUAGCACUUCAAGAGGAAAUUGAGGAGCUUGAGCGUGAAAACCGGCUCCACAACCAACAGGUUGACAUGUUGAAGGAGGAACUCCGGAGCAUGGAUAGAGCGCGGAAGAGGGAAGGGGUGGAUAUGACGUACCUUAAAAAUGUUGUCUUGAAGCUUCUUGAAACUGGUGAGGUGGAGGCUUUACUCCCAGUAAUUGCAAUGCUUCUGCAAUUCAGUCCUGAUGAGACCCAGAAGUGUCAACAAGUCUAUCGCAGUUAUGCAGAAGCAUCACCUAGCACAGCAAAUGAUGUACCAAGCCGCUCGCUUUUCUCAAGAUUCUCAUUUGUCUAACUGUAGCUGACUCCAAUCUAAAGAGGCUUCUGGCUGUUGUGAAUGUUACUUGCAAAAAAUCGAUAAAGUGGGGAAUCGAGCUGCAAAUUUUGUAUUAAUUGAUUUAUUAUGUACAUCGUCUUUCUGUAACACUCAUCCUUUUUGCCAUAUUGAUUUUUUUUUUUUUGGCAAUUACCAUAUUGAAAAUUACUGUAAAAAGAACAAAAACUGAUUGGUAUCAUCAUUAGAAAGAAAGCUUUUACUCGUA